GUGUGUGUAUAAUUUUGCGUGUACAGUUAGUUGGUAGACUGUAGAGAGGAUGUCCACUGGUGUCCCCUGUAGCUAAAUUCUCUGGGGCGGUUACAGAUUGUUUCUUCGCGAUUCUCUCUCUACAGGAAUAAAGUGAAUAAAACUAAUAAAAUGAUGAUUAGUAUUUUUUCUAUAUGUACAUCAUUCAUGCCCAUGUUUAUUUUAUUUUAUUUUAUUUGCACUUAUUUCCAGUGUGGAUGAAUGAAUGUCUCGUGUCAUGGGACACAUCAUUAUGCGUAAAUACAGUAUAAUAACAGAAUAAUAAGGCCUGUAAUGAUUGCUGGGAGCGUACUCACAUAGCCCCUGGAGAAGGUGUUUAUAGAAGGUUCAUCUCAUAACGUUGUGCUACAGGACUUACAGGCGCUUUACAGGUCCGUCAUUAGCGCGUUAAACAGCUGGGAUCCGGAGAGAGAGAGAGAGAGAGAGAGAGAGAGAGAGAGAGAGAGAGAGUGGGGGGGGAGUGGAUGUUGGAGCGCAGAGCCUCGGUUCCUCGCAGGUCAUUGGACAGGGCGUGUGACGUCACGCCGGGAGCUCGCCGCUGAUUGGUGGAUGCGGGGUCGAUGCGGCGUAAACAAAGCGGCGAGGAGAGGACUGAACUCCAGUGUGUCUCCGCGUUGGCUGCGCGUACAGAGAGAGCGAGCAGUGCGCAACACCGCAAAGCGUAAAGUUGGUUGACAGUUCACUAGUGCAAUAGCAAGCCCGCAGGAAAAGAAAAGAAAAGAAAUAUCUAGGUGUACUCUUGGUAAUUCUGUGCUGAUGAGAGUUGACACUUUGUUCAAUGCGUUUCUCUAAUUAAAAAAAAAGAAAGAAAGAAAGAAAACAGCAGCCCUCUGCGCUCCUCCUCAGUGGUGCUGCGCGCAGUGGUGCGUGUGUAGCUCCAGCGCGCGCUGCAGGCCUGCAGUAGCUCAGGUCGCGCGACGGCAGCAUGAACUUCUGCACCGGCCGGCUUUACCGCUGUCAUCUGUAGCCUCCAUAGCACGCGGGAUUCCCGAAGCCUGGUGGAUCGCCGGACAGAGCGGCGUCUCUUCUGCGCUUUAGCGGAGCUGUCAUGCUGCCCAAAGUCGAGUCAGACUGCCUGGGACUCGCUCGGUCGCAUGGGGAGCAGGGCCAUAUUCCUGCAAACAUGCAAGCCCCUCAGUUUAAAAUGAUGGACUACUCCUAUGAUGAAGACCUGGAUGAGAUGUGUCCCGUGUGUGGAGACAAGGUGUCCGGAUAUCACUAUGGCCUGCUCACCUGUGAGAGCUGCAAGGGCUUCUUCAAGCGCACUGUGCAGAACAACAAGCGCUACACGUGUAUCGAGAACCAGAGCUGUCAGAUAGACAAGACACAGCGUAAGCGUUGCCCUUACUGCCGCUUCCAGAAGUGCCUCAACGUCGGCAUGAAGCUAGAAGCUGUGAGGGCGGACCGCAUGCGUGGUGGUCGCAACAAGUUCGGCCCCAUGUACAAGCGGGACCGUGCGCUUAAGCAACAGAAGAAAGCACUGAUCCGUGCAAGCGGCCUCAAGCUGGAAGCCAUGAACCACACCAUGCAGACCGCACCCGCUGACCUCACUAUCUCCUCCGCCAUCCAGACCAUCCACUCAGCUUCCAAAGGGCUGGCACUGAGCCACCACCACCACCACCAUCAUCACCAACACCAUCAACAUCACCAGCAUCACCAGUCCAGCUCUGACUAUGACCGCAGCCCCUUUGUCCCAUCGCCCGUCAGCAUGGCCAUGCCACCGCAGGGCUACCAGGCCUAUGGGCACUUCCAGAGCCGAGCCAUCAAGUGCGAGUACCCCGAGCCGUACAGCAGCUCACCUGAGUCGUUGAUGGGCUACGCAUACGCCGAGGCGCCAGGCUUCCCGCGCUUGGUAGCUGAGCUGCUCAAGUGUGAGCCUGAUGAGCCACAAGUGCAGGCCAAGAUCCUGGCCUACCUCCAGCAGGAACAGGCCGGCCGCAGCAAGCACGACAAGCUCAACACGUUUGGCCUCAUGUGCAAGAUGGCUGACCAGACGCUCUUUUCUAUCGUCGAAUGGGCGCGCAGCAGCAUCUUCUUCCGUGAGCUGAAGGUUGAUGACCAAAUGAAGCUUCUCCAAAAUUGUUGGAGCGAACUUCUCAUCCUUGACCACAUUUUCCGUCAGGUGAUGCACGCCAAGGAGGGCUCUAUCCUGCUGGUUACAGGGCAACAGGUGGAUUAUGCGCUAAUUGCGUCUCAAGCUGGGGCAACACUCAACAACCUCCUGAGUCGGGCGCAGGAGCUGGUGAGCAAGCUGCGCUCCCUUCAGCUGGAUCAGAGAGAGUUCGUCUGCCUCAAGUUCCUGGUGCUGUUCAGCUUAGACGUGAAGAAUCUGGAGAACUUCCACCUGGUGGAGAGCGUUCAGGAGCAGGUGAACGCGGCGCUGCUCGAUUACGUCAUGUGUAACUACCCGCAGCAGACAGAUAAAUUCGGCCAGCUGUUGUUGCGGCUGCCUGAGAUCCGCGCCAUCAGCCUGCAGGCCGAGGAAUAUCUUUACUACAAGCACCUGAACGGUGAUGUGCCCUGCAACAACCUGCUCAUCGAGAUGCUGCACGCAAAGCGCGCCUGAUUGAAGCAUUUCUGAAUCAACACAAUGCACACACUGCUCCCAGACAACACUCUUCCAGUCCAGCAUCAUCAGCAGCCACAGCAUCGAAACAGGCACUCAGAUGCCUCCACACAUCAGUGCUGUGCUUCCGCUGCGCUGAACGGUUCACGUCGAUUCCGUGGUUUGGGCCAAAACAGAGAAGGAGAGAGGGAGUCAAUAAACACUUGAAAAUGAGCUUUUGGAUGACGGGGAAUCCAUUUAGCCCCCAAUCCAACAGAACAGUGAUGUAAUGACUUCUGAUCUCUUGGUACAGUUCUAAUCAAUUUGCAAAACAUCACCUGUUUUGUGAGCAGCUAAACUUAGGCUAUAAUAAUUUCCCCUCCCUGAGACUGAAAGCACGAGAUGGCACAUUUCACUUCUUCUCCAAGACUUGGACCUGUCAUUUCUCUUGACAGUCAUUCAGUUGGCUCCGUUUACGAUAGAGCUAGAGCUGUAGAGUGACGUCAUCCGGAUCAGCUGAUUGUAACUGUGCCACCCACACUUCACCAGAAAUGUGCAUACUUAAUGACAGCAUAUAAACAGUAUAUCUCUGUUCAGAUAGCAGGACUUCUCUUCGUCUUACUCAAGAGGUUACAACAUGUCCUCCUCUGAAAAAAAAAAAGUCGGUUUAUGAACUUUUUACCUCUAAAUCAGUACCUGUUCUUUCAUUUCUAAGUUAUUAAAACGGUUAUGUUUAUCAGUAUGGUUUCACUGAUGCAGUGUUGGAGAAAGAAACACUAUAAAACUGUAAGAUUGUAAAAAGACACUAUAAGAUCCUUUUUGUUCUUCAAACCCCUUCAUCACAAUGUGGAAGACACUGUUGCAGAGCCAAGAUGAAGCAAUACUGCCUCAGUCCAAACCAGACCAAAGCCUGCUGCAGAACAAACACAACAAACAAACAACCUUUAUUGUCAGUAUUAUGUGAGUCUUGCCUUAUUUUAUUACCAUGCUAGCUAACUGUGCUGAUGUGAACUAUAACAUGUAAAAAUAGUAAUAUACAUAUAUAUAUAUAUAUAUAUAUAUAUAUAUAUAUAUAUAUAUAUAUAUAUAUAUAUAUAUAUAUAUAUAUAUAGUACUGUGCAAAAGUCUUAGACACCCUAUUUUUUUUUAGUAAAAACUUUUUACUUUAUGACUUCCACAUUAUCGAGUCAGUACAAAAGUAUUUUAGAUUCCAAACAUUAGUUUUCCAGCACAGAAUUAAAUGUUACAGAAAAGUGUUUGUAUGUCACUAAAGAAAGCUGCAUAUUAAAAACAUAAUGAAGGCUGCUGGGUUUUGCAGCAAAAAUAAGAAGCAAGUGCAACAGUCAAAGUCUCCAGAAGACCUGGGGCUGCUUCUGCAAGAUGCUCAGUAACACUUACCAGAUAAUUUCUGUGUAAAACUUCACAAACUGUACCUGAGACUACUAAUUUUUUAUUUAAGCAAAGGAUCGUCACACCAAAUAUUGGCUUUGUUUCAUUAGAAACAUUUCGUUAAUUUUGAAGGCAUCUUUGCUCUACAGCAUUUCUUUGCAAGUGCCUAAGACUUUUGCACAGUACUGUACAUAUAUAUAUAUAUAUAUAUAUAUAUAUAUAUAUAUAUAUAUAUAUAUAUAUAUAUAUAUAUACAUAUGUAAGUAUUAAUGUAAUACAACUAAGCAGAGGUGUUUACAUUCAUGUGGUCAUGUGGGAGAGAACUGUGAUGUAAAGUGGAGGUGAGCUAAAUUGCAAAGCAAUGAAUUCUUAUAAAAAAAAAAAGAAAGAAAGGAAUCUGUUCCUCUGGUUUGCUUUCUUCAGUGUGUACAGUUUUCAUCUUGACCAGUACUUAACAAUGUCGUGAGACACUAAAAUCAGAAAGGAAUCUCACUUUAUAUUUGUGGUUCAGGCUGUUUGGUCGUUUGAUCAAUUUUUAACUGACUGUGCAAGCUUUUUUUUUUUUUUUCUGUCAACUUUAUUUCACGUUUUUAUGUUCUCCUUUCUAAAUGUGUGUCACUGCUUAAGCAUAAGCAUAAUUUAUUGUGUACUGCUUUUACCAGUGUGUGUAAGCACAAGGGCAGUCAAUAAUGAUGUAUUUGUACAUUAAAGCAUGUUUUUAAAAAUGUAUAUACACAAGACAGUUCAGGAGUGAAAAGGUGAUCCUGACACGAAACUUCUGUCCAUCUCCGAUGAGAGGCUCAUUCAAGUGAAGUCAUGUGACUGUGGCGACUUCUUUUUCAACAUGUUCAUCUCAGCCGUGCGUGUGUUCUAUACCAAAGACAGCAUCUGCCCUUUGACUUGUAGUUACCUGCUCUACAUCACAACUAAUGAACAACAGCUCAGAUCCUUUAUCGUGGUCUACUGAUCAGAAUGGCGGUGUGGACGGUUAGUUGGAGGGCUUGGGAUGUCUUACACAAAUAUUGGGUCAUGAUUAGUGUUGGGACAGUAAUCAUUCUGGACAUUAAUGAAUGUUUGCCUCAAUUAUCAAUGAAAGUAAUUAUGGUGGUCUCACUAUAUUUAUUGAAUUUUGACAUGAAAACGAAAAUAAAAGCUCUUUACUUUGUAUA